UUUGCUCCUUUCCAUCGUCGCACCCACCUGCAGUCGCUCAUUACCCUUCGCCACACCCGCCACGGCCACCAUGAUACUGCGACUAUCCACCCUAGCCCUCGGGCUGCUGUCCGCGGCACCGCUUACCUGCGCCCUCUCUGCGGCCGACAUCCCCGCCGACAUUCCCGUAUCGCAGCUGAUCAAGGACGCCAGCGUGAAGCUCGCCAGCGGAGACACGCAGGACGCCCUCACCUACUUCGACGUGGCCAUUGCCCGCGACCCGCAAAACUACCUCACAUUCUUCAGGCGCGGCGCUGCCUACCUUUCGCUGGGCCGCGCGCAGCAGGCACAGCAUGAUUUCGACAAGGUGCUGGAGCUGAAGCCAGGCUUCGAGGGAGCGCUGGUGCAGAGAGCCAAGAUACGGGCACGCAAGGCCGACUGGGCUGCCGCGCGCAAGGACUACGAGGCCGCGGGCAAGACCGACGAGAUCGCACAGCUAGACGAAGCCGAGGGCGCUGCCAUGCUGGCGCAAGUGGCGGUGAACCAGGGCGACUGGGACGCAUGCAUACAACAUGCCGGCACCGCCAUCAUGGUCGCUGGAACCGCCUACGACAUCCGCAAGACCCGCGCCAGGUGUCGCUUUGAGAAGGGCGAGGUCGUCGAGGGCAUCAGCGACCUGCAGCACCUGCUCCAGAUCAACAAGGGCGACAUCGAGCCCCACCUCCAGAGCUCCGCCAUGGCCUUCUACUCCCUGGGCGAGACCGAGAAGGGCAUCAAGCACAUCGCGCAGUGUCUGCAGUCAGAUCCAGACUCAAAAGUUUGCAUGAAGCUGAGGAGACGCGAGAAGAACCUCGAGAAAACACUGAAGAAGGUCCGCUCAUAUUUUGAGAAGCGUCAAUUCGCAACUGCCUCCAAACUCCUCAUCGACAAAGGCGAUGGCAGCCCCGGCCUCCUCAAGGAGGUCAAGCAAGACUUCCAAGAAUACGUCGACGCCGGCUACAUCUACAAGAACUCGCCCCAAGGCCUGUACCAAGACCUCGUCGAGAUGACCUGCGAAGCCUACGUCGAAAUGGGCAACACCAAGAAAGGCACGCCCUACUGCCACGAAGCGCUCCAACUCAACCCAGACUCCCUCUACGGCCUCAUCCACAAGGGCCAAACCCAACUCGAAGCCGACGACUUCGAAGACGCCUCCUCGGCCUCACCCGCGACGCCGGGCGAGCGCGAAAUCAAGCGCGCCUACCGCAAAAUGAGCAAAAUGUACCACCCGGACAAGGCCUCGGCUAUCAACAUGACUCCCGAAGAGGCCCAGAAGAAAAUGGCUAAUAUCAAUGAGGCGUACGAGGUCCUUUCGGAUCCGGAGCUCAAGGAGAGGUUCGAUCGCGGAGAUGAUCCCAAUAGCACUGAGCAGCAGCAGGGUAAUCCGUUCCAGGGGAGUCCAUUUGGAGGACAGCAGUUUAUGUUCAGACAAGGUGGUGGAGGCGGGGGGUUCAAGUUUCAGCAGGGUGGAUUUCCCGGUGGGUUUGGUGGGUUUUAA